GCAGCGCGGCAUAAGAGGCGGAUAUAAGGAUUGGCGCCGGCGCCACAGCUGAUCCAUUCACUCAUUCUUCCUUCUGGAGAAGCUCGAGUCCAGUCGCCACGACCAUGUCCAGACGCAGUGAUCGCAUCACCCUUCAAGCCAGAGACUCAAACACGCUGGAACCCACCCCCAGAGCGCCACUGAGGAAAAGAAAGUGCGAGCAGCCCUCCAAGAAGAGUCAACCCGCUGCAAAGAAACAAAGCUGCUAUGAAAUUCAGAAGUGUUGGUCGGACGAAGGAGCCAGUCCGUGCGUCCUCAUCGAGACGCCGCACAAAGAACUGGAACCCGCCGACCUUGCCGGCUUCAAGCAGUACCGUUUCAAGAACCUCUUCAUCAAGCCCUCGCCCCUCCCUUGUCUCAGUUGGGCCAGCUCGGACGACGUGUGGAUCAAGAUGCUCAACAAGGAGCUCAAGUACGUUCACGACAAGAAUUACUUGCAGAGACACCAAAAGCUGCAGCCCAGCAUGAGGGCCAUCCUCCUCGACUGGCUACUUGAGGUGAGCGAAGUGUACUGCCUCCACCGGCAAACGGCGUACUUGGCGCAGGACUUCUUUGACCGCUUCAUGCUGACUCAGGAGGACGUCAACAAGGACUACCUGCAACUCAUCGGCAUCACCGCGCUCUUCAUCGCCUCCAAGAUCGAGGAGAUCUACCCUCCUAAAAUUGGCGAGUUUGCCUACGUGACGGAUGGCGCCUGCGACACGUGGGACAUCCGCCGCACCGAGCUUCAAAUCCUCAAGGCAUUAGACUGGAAUCUUUGUCCGGAGACUCCCAUCUCUUGGCUCAAGCUUUACGCUCAAGUGGAGGCCCAGAACGGCGAUGAGAACUUUCUUGUGCCGCAGUUCUCACAGGAAAUAUACAUUCAGAUGACGCAGCUGUUGGACUUGUGCAUAAUGGAUAUCCGCUCGUUGGACUUUAGCUACAGCGUCCUCGCCGCCGCCGCCUUCUGCCACUUCUCCACCUUCGACGUCGUCAACAAAGUGUCCGGUCUGACGUGGGAAAGCGUGUCGGAGUGCGUGCGGUGGAUGAGCCCCUUCGUGGACACGCUGCGCUCAGAGGCCAAACCUGAGCUCAAGACUUUCGCCAGAGUGAAGACUGAAGACCGACACAACAUCCAGACGCACGUUAUCUACUUGGACUUCCUGAGAAAAGCUCAAGAGCGCCACACUCGGGAUGUCAGCAACUGCCCGCUUUCACCUGUGGUUGCCAUGGCAACCGUCUUGACACCACCCAGCAGCACGGAGAAACCGACUAAUGACUGAGUGGGAGAGGGAUCUUGGCAGCCUUUUUUUUAGCAGCCAAAAAAAAAACAAGUUGAAUUUAAAGACAUGAAAUGAGAUUUUUGCGAAAGACUUCCUGGUGCUUCUUCAUUUUGUCGUUCCAUCCCAUUGGCAGCGUGGGGAACCUGCAGCUUUGUGGUCACUGGCGAUCACUUAUUUUGUGUGUUUUUCGUGACUGUUUCGUUCCUGGAAACUUGACUUGAGCCAUUGCUGCUGCUUACACGCUACUACGGGCUCGUAUUUAUUGAAUUUAAAG